AUGGCUCCUCCACCUUUAUCCCAUCAUCCCUCAACAUCGUCGACUUCUUCUGAUGAACCCAUCUACAUCCCACCUCCCUCGUCCAAAGCUGGACCUGGUCCAUCGACUCAUAGAUACAUUCCAAAGCGAUCGACCGUUGAACCUGAAUCUCUGGUCAUUCUAGAUGACGAUGAAGAGGACGAAGAUGAACCGGUAUUUGUAGGAACGAAAAUAAGCAACCUCGUACAGAAAUAUAAGUUGAAUCAUGAUGUGUUAGGUGACAGAGUUAGAUCGUCGAGUUCCUCUACAUCUAGAUCACCUUCUGUUGGACCAUCCACUGUAGUAUCAAAUGGCAAAUCAUCUAAGAAAGAAACCAAAGUGAACUCACGCUCAACCUCAGAUACUUCUUCGAGAAAAGGUAAAAGUAAAGGCAAAUCGAAGAUCAAUCAACCUAUCACUAUUAUCGAUGAUGAGGAAAUAGAACGUACACAAGAACAACGACAACCAUCCCUACCAUUGUUACCUGAUUUGGCACUUGUACCUCUACCCGUACCGGACUGGUUGGGUCGGACAGCUAUACUGUUACCGUUGGAUAAUUGCGUGGUAUGUAAAAUCAGGUUUAAGAAGACUGAUUCGGGAGCUGCAAAGUGGAGACACAUAUCAACUUGUCGUCCACCGCUUUAUCGACCACCCAACCCACCACCUGAUCUCAAACACCUAAUCAACGAAGGUUUAUUGCAAGUUCAAUCGAAAUCUACUGAACCUACUUCAUUGUUGGAUCUGCACGUACGUCGAUCAGACUCCUUGGAAGAUGUUUCUUCGCCAAGUAAUAAAGGAAAGAAAAAGUCGCUUUUGGGGUUGAGGAGUUUUACGAGUGUUAAAGCUAGUCAUGAGAGGUUGGAAGAUGAUUGGGAGAAGCAAGUGAGAAGUAGAUUGAAGGAAUUUAUAGGUGAUUCAAGUCCACCACGUGAACCUGAAGUCGAACUUGGAUCGAUACCAAAAACACCUUCACCUAAUACUUCUCCAAGUAAUAGGAAAUUGAAAGGUACAGAAACUCGGAGCGAUACAGAGGAUGAGAUGGACCUGUACCUACCUUCCACACAAUCGUUAGGUGAAUCUUCUCUAGCUCAAAUAUACGCCAAACAAUCACCUUCUGGUUCCCCUUCUGGUUCACCAUCGAGAUCACCUAUAACACCCGUUGAUUCCCCGAAUCGUCAAUCUGAAGAUGAAGAUGCAGAUUUUGAUAUACCAUUACCACCUUCUUCUCAGAAACGUCAAUUUUCCCAAAGGGAGGGCUUGGAUUUCUAUGAAGAUGGAAACGAUUUGUCGUGUAUGGAUGAAAAUCCAGAAGAGAAAGGAGAAGGAGAGGGAGAAGGAAGAGUGGGCGAUCGGACGAAGAAACCCUUUCGAGGAUGGGGAGAUCCGCGAGUCGAUGGGGAUCUCUCCUAUGACGAAAUCGACAAUGACGAACGACUCUUCGCUCUUGGAUGGGGAGAGAUUGCUUCCACGAUUACACCUUCACCUACACCUCAAAGGCUACUUGGUCCCUCAUCUAUAUACUCCACUACACCUACACCUCGAGCUUCAACAUCGACGAUGCGAAGAAGAGAACAAUUUACUACACCCACUCCUGCUCAGAUAGUGUAUACUAUCCCAUCAAGCUCACCGGACAUCGAAGUGAUCCACCAGAAUGAAGAUGAGGAUAAUUGGGGCGAUGAAGCUGUACUGUCAUGGGAUGGAGCUGGCGGUGGCAGUAGUCAUGAAGAACGAGAUAAUGAGGAUGAUGAAGCUAUAUCUGUAUCUUCCGUGGCACCGUCCGAAGCGGGACUUGAUGAGGAAGAGGAAGAUAAGGAAGAAUGGGGCAGGGAUGCGUAUUUGGAAUGGGCCUGGGAUGAGGACGAUGUCAAUGAAGAGGACGAGGCAGAAGGUCUGUCUGCCACUAGUGAUGACGAGCACACGCGAGACCCAGAUAAAGAAAAUGCGGACGAAAAUGAGGGGGUCGGAGAACUGGAGACUACGGCUCAGCUGAUACAGCGAGGUAUGCCAGAUUACUCUACAUGGGAAUUGAAGAAACUUCAAAAACUGGUGACUGGAUAUGGAUUUCGGACGAGUAAUGAUCAUCAGGCAUUAGAAAAGAUAGCUAUGGAAUGUUGGAAAGCCAUCAAUCCGGCUUUACUUCACCCUGCCGCACAUGGCAAACCGAAAUCGAAAACGAGCUCGACAUCUAGAAAAUCUACUGAGAAGGAUCAGACUGAGAUGGCUGAUAGACAAAGUGAAAGAGAAAGGGAAUCAAGUAUCAGUUCAGCCGAUGUGCCUCUCGCUCAAGUGAAAUCUAACAAAGGCAAAUCGAAGCGAACAGCUAUAAAUGUUAAAGAUAGUCAAGAAGAACCCCUUACAUCACCAACACCAACGCAACGUAAAGCCAAAGCGAAAGCUAAGGCCAAAGAGAAGGAGAAAGAGAGGGAGGAACCAAAAGGGAAAACUACAUAUGAAGCUUUGAGUAAAAUGUUUUAUAAGUUGAUCAUGGACGAUCACGAAUUGUAUUUAAGGAUAUUACGAUACGAGCCAAUAAGCUUUGACGAGCUGAUAAGUAAAUCAAUAGCUUCUGGUAUAGAUAAGGAGAGAAGAGGUUGGAAAAAGGAUUUGAAAAGAUACCUCGAUUUGCAGAGCAUCUCAUUUUUCACUGAAGAUCCAACUGGUCAACGAAGAAGACAUUGA